AUGCGCGGCACUGAGCUGACCUCGGACAGGGCACACCAGCCCUCAGUUUCGGACCCCACGCGCAUGUCAAUGCACGUGCGCGUGCACACCACCCCAUCACCGCUGGGGCCUUACCGGCGCCGGGCUGGGCUCCGCGUCGAUGAGGAGGGAGAAGGCGCCCCGCCUCCAGCGCGGCAGCACGCCCCCGGCCCCACGGUCCAGCCCCAUCAGGCUGCCAUCGAUGCGCAGCCGGCUGCCCAGCUUGGUGAUGGUGUAGGUGUCGUCCGGCGCAAACUGGCGCAGGAUGACGCCAAACAUGCCAGAACCCAGGUCCCAUUUCAGCUGCGAGGGAGGGGGGUACUUGUGUGUGUGUGA